AUAUCGGACGGUCGAAGAUUUUGUGCUCUGUGUUUUUAGGGCAAGGGCUAGGGAUGGUGUUCCUGCUUCUCAAGAUCAAGGCGGAGCUCGAGAAUCUCACGAAUCUGGUGCCGCAGGGCCCGAAUUUCACCUUCUUCUUCAAGGUCCAAUGUGGGAGCUGUGGCACGAUGAGCGAGAAGCACAGUGGCGUCUCGGCGGCAGACGUUGUGGAGGUUCCUAACAGCCGGGGAACUGCAAACUUGGUCCAGAAAUGUAAACUUUGCAAGAAAACCGGGACGAUCUCGCUGGUGGAUGGCAAGAACAAGCCUUACACUCUGGAAGACAGCGAAUCCGGCAAGUUCGUCCCGGUCAUGUGUUUCGAUUGCCGGGGCAUGGAGCCCGUGGAGUUCUCGUGUAACAGCAGCAGCCUUUGGGAAGCCGAGGGCCUGAAUUCCGGGGCGAGAUUCUCCAACAUCGAUCUGAGCGAUGGAGAGUUCGUGGAAUACGACGAGAAAGCCGCCGAGUCCGUGGGGAUCUACAAGCUAGAACAUAGAUUCGAGACAACAAGCAACAGAUAACGCCUCCCUCAAAUGGGAGCGCUGCGCGUUUUACUCUCCUGCCAACACGUAUGCACAUUACGUGGA